UCGCCGGCAGACCCAGUGUUGAUAUCUGCAUCCACUCAACGUGGGUCGGGGGCACUAUCUGACUGUUUUCAUGCGGUCCGACUUGUGAGGUUAUUUGCUGCGAGCACUAUUUAUACGCUUGCGUUGAAUAGCGUCCAACGCUGGUCAUUCUAUCGAUGGUCUCUUUCCCCAAGCAUCUUACCGCAGUUGUUUUGCUCGCGGUGCUCGGCACCCCUGCUCUGGCCGCGCUCCCGACUCCGGUCUCGGUUGCCACAGCUAAAACGUAUCUGAGCCAGCUCAAAGUGGCGGUGGACAGCAACUCGCCAGCAUACGCUCGCACGGAAUUCAAGACCUGGGACACGAUCUCCGGAAAUUGCGACACGCGCGAAACUGUUCUGAUUCGGGAUGGGACCAAUGUCGUGACGAACUCCGCUUGUGCAGCUACUUCAGGCCACUGGGUCAGUCCGUACGACGGCGUUGCGACGACACUUGCAAGUGAUCUGGACAUCGAUCAUCUCGUUCCUUUGAAAGAGGCCUGGCUAUCCGGGGCCCGUGACUGGACUGCAGCGCAGCGUGAAUCUUACGCGAACGAUCUCACUAGACCGCAGCUCGUCGCCAUCACUGACAACCUCAAUGAAUCCAAGGGUGAUAGAGACGUUGCAUCGUUUGUCCCCCCUCUGGCUAGCUACGUCUGCACUUACAUUCGGGCCUGGAUCGAAGUGAAACACUUUUACAACCUGACCAUCGACUCUGCCGAGAGCACAGCCUUGCAUAGUUACAUCAACGGGUGCUAAAGAGAAAUGUAUUCAGUGUAUCAGGUGUAAAC